AUGGACACAUUUGUAAGUGCUUAUGAUGAAAAGAUUCGUCCACUGAUGGACAAAAUUGAUCAAGCUCGAUCACUAUUAUCAUGGAGUAAUGAUGGUAUUACUUUUCCGAACGUUGUUGUCGUUGGUGAUCAAUCAAGUGGUAAAUCAACAUUACUCGAAUCAUUAUCAUUAGUCGAACUUCCAAAAGGCUCUGGUAUUGUCACUAGAUGUCCAUUAGUGUUACGAUUGCGUAAAGCUAGUGUACGACGAUUAUACCGUUUGAAUGGCAAUAAGAAAAUUGAACUUGAUGAAAGAAAAACCAAUAUACUAAACUAUAUCGAAGAAGAAACAAAGAAAUUAGCCGGUGAAAAUAAAAAUAUUGUUAAAGAUUUAAUUGAAUUACAAGUGAACGAUCCUAAUGUACGAGAUUUGACUGUGGUCGAUUUGCCUGGUAUUGCGCGUAAUCCUAUUGCUGAUCAACCAAAAGAUAUUCAUAAACAAACAACAGAUUUAAUUCGUCAUUUAAUUCGUCAAGAGGGAAGCGUUAUUUUAUGUGUCUUCCCCGCUAACGUUGAUAUUGCAACGGUUGAAUCAUUUACAAUAGCACGCGAAGUUGAUCCAACAGGCAUACGAACAAUCGGCGUUAUCACAAAAUCCGAUCUUGCGUCGAAUCAUGAUACGUUAAUACAGCAGUUGUUGAUGGAUCGACCUGACGUAUUUCAUUUAAAAUUAGGUUUUAUUGCUGUUCGUAAUCGCAGCACUGAAGAGGAAAUUUCACUCGAAGAUGCUCGUAAACGUGAAAAAGAAUUUUUUAGUCAGCAUCCUGCCUCGCGUAUGACGGGGCAUUGUCUUGGAAUUGAUGCACUUAUUAAUCGUUUAGCUGAUUUAUAUUCUGAUCGGGUUAAAGAAACAUUUCCAAAAAUGCGAAACGACAUACAAACAAAAUUAAAAGAAGUUCGCGACCAAUUAUCGAAAUUUCCGCCAGAUUUAGCAUCGGCUUCUGCGCGAUUAGCCAAAUAUUAUGAACUGGCUGAUUGGUAUGUAGAAAAUAUCAUUAAAGAGCGUUUUAAGAGCUCAAAUGACGGUCAACAUACUACUAGUAGUUUGAUUAAUAAUUUGCACUGCAAAUUCAAAAAAGCUCAAGAUAUCACACAAAGACAAGAUAAGGAUUUUUUUUCAUCAAAAUACCGUUCUAGAGUUCACGAUGCCAUGUUAGCAUGCUUCGGUGAGCAAUUGCCGAAUUUUCUACCACAUCCGAUAUUGAAACGUUUUAUAUGUGAAAAGCUUGACCAACUUUGGCAUGUAAUCGAAGUACUCAUCGAUGAAAGUUUUCAUAUGACAUCCAGACUAUUAUUGGAUAAUGAUCGAGAUGCUUGUAAUGGAGAUAUUUUACUAUUAAAAUUGUUACCAGCGUUUCGUAAUGUUGUCUCAAUGUAUUUGAAAACAAAAAAACAAGCUGUGUGUGAUCAAGUGCAAGAAAUAAUCCGACUAGAAAAGCAGGAUCCGUAUACACUGAAUGAUUACUACAUGAAUAAGAUCAAUAACUUUAAAGAGUAUUUAGCAGAGCGAAAAUCUGGUAAAACAGGUGAGAAAAUGUGUUUCUCUAAGAUAACUGACGACGAUGAUGAUGAUGAUAAUGCAGUGUUUGAUGCCAUCUCGAAUGAUGAUCAAGCAGUACAAGAUAUGAUAAUUAGUAUUUAUGCAUAUUGGAAAUUGUUAAUAAAACGCUUCAUCGAUUAUACAGCCUUGUCUAUACGUGCAGGAUGCGUCUUUGACAUAUGUCCUGGUAUACGAGAACGUUUGAGACAGAUUCCUAUCGAACAACCUGAUUUUGUCGAUGCAUAUCUUGCUGAGGAUACGUUUAUUCGAGCUAAACGACAGCAAUUACACCAAACGAAAGUGCGGUUGGAGAAAGUUGAUGCUAUACUUGGCGGUGGUCGAAUAGCCAUCGAUGACAAUGAUAUGUUUGCUAGUGGAACAAUGUCAAUUGAAAAUUCUCCAGCAAUGACUUUAGAUAAACUUGAAGAAAAUCUUGCUUCCACUAAUGUUAUUGAAAAUGUUGGUCCUUCAGGAUUUGUGCCUAACAGAAAUAUUCAACCAUCCGUUCCAAGGGUUGCACAACCAGUUCCAAUUAGUUCUACAUCCGACUCCAAUUUUCAAAAUAUCAGAAAACGUACAUGA